GUGACAUUCGGGCUGAUUAGCUUGUUAGCUACAGGAAGUCAUGGUUGGUGUUGCUGGAGAAACUAAUGGUGGACUUGGACACGCACACCUUUCCUUUGGAGCGCUCAACUUGGCUUCAUUCACGUUUCUCCCCGUCUCUGAUUGACGGGCUGUCAGUCCAGGAUCAGCUGGGAUGGACUCCGCCCCCUCAGAGUGUAUGUCCUAAAAGGCCUGUCCUAUGAAGGUGGAUCUUAAGGAGUUUUAUCCCAAGAGGCUGUGUCCUAUAAGAAGGUGUGUGUCCUAUAAGAGGAGCCUUGUCACAAGGUGUGUCUCCUAGGGUUAAGAUUGUUUAAGAUUGCUUGUCCCGAGAGGAUGUGUCCUAAGAAGACCUGUCCUGAGCGGGUGUGUCCUGUCUUAAGGAGGUGUGUCCUUGUCCUAAGAAGGUGUGUCCUCGUCCAAAGGUGUGUCCUUGUCCUAAGAAAGUGUGUCCUUUUUCUAAGAGGUGUGUCCUUGUCCUAAGAAGGCAUGUCCUAAGACGUGUGUCCUUGUCCUAAGAGAUGUGUCCUUGUCCUAAGAAGGUGUGUCCUUGUCCAAAGAAAGUGUGUCCUUGUCCUAAGAAGGCCUAUCCUAAGACGUGUGUCCUUGUCCAAACAAGGUGUGUCCUUGCCCUAAGAGAUGUGUCCUUGUCCUAAGAGGUAUGUCCUUAUUCUAAGAAGGUGUGUCCUUGUCCAAAGAAGGUGUGUCCUAGUCCUAAGAAGGCCUGUCCUAAGACAUGUGUCCUUGUCCAAAGAAGGUGUGUCCUUGUCCUAAGAGAUGUGUCCUUGUCCUAUAGGUGUGUGCUUGUCCUAUAAGAAGGUGUGCCCUUGUCCUAAGAAGGCCUGUCCUAAGAGGUGUGUCCUUGUCCAAAGAAGGUGUGUCCUUGUCCUAAGAAGAUGUGUCCUUGUCCUAAGAGAUUUGUCCUUGUCCAAAGAAGGUGUGUCCUUGUCCAAAGAAGGUGUGUCCUUGUCCUUGUCCUAAGAAGGUGUGUCCUUGUCCUAAGAGCUGUGUCCUUGUCCAAAGAAGGUGUGUCCUUGUCCAAAGAAGGUGUGUCCUUGUCCAAAGAAGGCGUGUCCUUGUCCAAAGAAGGUGUGUCCUUGUCCUAAGAAGAUGUGUCCUUGUCCUAAGAGAUUUGUCCUUGUCCAAAGAAGGUGUGUCCUUGUCCUUGUCCUAAGAAGGUGUGUCCUUGUCCUAAGAGCUGUGUCCUUGUCCAAAGAAGGUGUGUCCUUGUCCAAAGAAGGUGUGUCCUUGUCCAAAGAAGGCGUGUCCUUGUCCAAAGAAGGUGUGUCUUUGUCCUAAGAGCUGUGUCCUUGUCCUAAGAAGGUGUGUCCUUGUCCUAAGAGCUGUGUCCUUGUCCUAAGAAGGUGUGUCCUGAGGAGACCUGUCUGAAGAAGGUGCGUGACCACAGAAUGCCUGCCUGAAGAGAGUGUGUCCUAAGAGGGUGUGUCCCGAGUAGACCUGUCCUAAGAGAGUGUGUCCUAAGAGGGUGUGUCCCGAGUAGACCUGUCCUAAGAGGGUGUGUCCUAAGAAGGUGUGUCCUAUGAGGGUGUGUCCUAAGAGGGUGUAUCCCUAGAAGUGUGUCGUGCAAACAGAUCCCAAUAUGAACGAAGUGGACUCUUUCAGCGUUCCCGUUCCUGUCACGCGUGCCAAAGCAUUGUGAUGAUGAUCUAGCAGGCGUACCUCCUGACCAUCCUGCUGUCAGCCGUCACAGUGACUGAGAUAAUGCAUUCAUGACGCCGCUGUCCUCCUGCAGUCCACACUGAGACGUGGACGUCCAAACAUUUCUUUUUCUUGAGCCACAAUGGCAGCCUCCAGCUUCUUCUACGCGACCUUCGGGCUGUGCGUCUGUCUGGGCAUCAUCUGCGUGGUCUUCGUCAGCAGCUGGAACUCAAGGUGGCGCGGCGGCUUCGCUUGGGACGGCACGGAGUCGCAGUUCAACUGGCAUCCUGUCCUGAUGGUGACCGGACUGCUGGUUCUCUACGGCCUGGCUGCUGUGCUGUACCGCAUCCCUUGCACGUGGUCCCAGAGGAAGCAGCCCUGGAAGCUCCUCCACGCCGGCCUCAUGCUGGCCGCCCUACUGCUCUCCAUCGUGGGCCUGUCUGCCGUCUUUGACGUCCACAGGAGCCUCAACAUCCCACAUAUGUACUCCCUGCACAGCUGGGUGGGAAUGUGCACCGUGGUCACCUUUGCAUGUCAGUGGCUCCUCGGCUUGGCCGGCUUUCUCGUCCCCUGUUCUCCGCUAUGGUUCCGUGCUGGCCUGAAACCGCUCCACAUCUGGUUGGGAAAGGUUGUGCUGAUGCUCGGGUUGGCCUCCUGCAUCAGUGGAAUCAAUGAAAACCUCUUUUUUGUCCUUGAUGGAGUCUCUGCCGAAGCUUACAGCUUGUUGCCCGCAGAGGCCCAGUUUGCAAACACUCUGGGAGUCCUCAUUGUGGCCUUCGGGGUGGUUGUGUUUGGAAUCCUGGCCAAAGCGGACUGGCAGCGUCCCAACACAGACAACGAAGAGGCUCCUCUUCUCCUCCGAGAGGAAGCCAUUUGAACGUUCCAGUCAGAUGACGACAGAGAAUCACAUGUUCCCGACAUUUAAAGUGUGACAGAUGACUUGAUGUUAACAAAAGUCCUGCAUGAAUAAAGA